AUGAGAUUAGCACUUCCAUAUUCUCGGUGGUUCUGGGCGGCAGCUAGGGUUUGUUCUUCGAAGGCUUCCAUGUACAGAAUAAAAUCACCAAAGGCGCCCGAAAAGCCGCAGAACUAACAUCCUUGCGAUUUCUGAGGGAACGAAUACGACUGACAAGGAGAGCCAUAACAGACGCGAAGAAGGAAGCAGAAUCCAAAGAAAAUAAUAUAAAAUCCACUUUCUCUGAAGAAGAUGCGAAGACUCUACGAGAACAAAGGGGUAAGUUUCUAAAGAAACUAUCGUGCUGCGUCGGUGGGAGAGUAUAACAGGUAAUUUAUUGUUAACAACUGAGUUGAAAACGUAAAUUAGCCACCGUAAAGGGUAAAAAGCUGACGUUUCGAGGGUUUCGGCGUUAGCCCUUCGUCAGAGCGAUUCGCUCUGACUAAGGGCUAACGCUCGAAACGUCAGCUUUUUUACCCUUUACGGUGGCUAAUUUACGUUUUCAACUCAGUUAUCAACACUAAAUUACCUGCUCUACAAGAACAGAUCAGCACCAACACCCAGCGAGUCUUCAACAACACCAAAGUGCGACAGAAACAAAAAUUCGAGAAGCUUCUCCUCGAACAGAAAGCAGCCAGCGAGUCAACCUCGACACCCAACGUUGACCAAACAAACUGGCUCGUUAACCUGUCUUCCAGAACACACAGCGACGCAGAAACCACCCUGCUCAAGAAAGGACUAAACUUCGCCGCUACGCCAAUCAACAUCCCGGCCACAGAAAUAAUCGCGAAGGUAGAAACAGCCAUCAGCCUUCUCGCCUCUUAA